UUCUCACUCAACUUUUGAAUUUCAAAAAAAUCUCCCAAAUAAAGAAAUUAAAUAAAUUAAUUACAACUCACAUUCCACUAAAAAAUCUAACCGUUACAACAAAAAAACAAAUUUUUAAUUUUUUCAUUUUCUAUAUAAAAUAGAACCUUCAUUUUCCUAACCCCACAAAACCCUUUUCAAAACCUCUUUCUCUCUCUCUCUUCCAAUUCCCAAUCCCAAUUUCUAGGUUUUUCAAUUUUCGAUUUUCAAUUUCUUCCCCAAAAUGAGAGAAAUUCUUCACAUCCAAGGUGGCCAAUGCGGUAACCAAAUCGGAGCCAAAUUCUGGGAAGUUGUUUGUGCCGAACAUGGAAUCGAUCCAACUGGAAAGUACGGUGGUGAUUCAGAUCUUCAAUUAGAGAGAAUCAAUGUUUACUACAACGAAGCAAGUGGUGGUAGAUUUGUUCCUAGAGCGGUUCUUAUGGAUCUUGAACCGGGUACCAUGGAUAGUGUCCGGUCUGGACCGUACGGUCAGAUCUUUAGACCGGAUAACUUUGUUUUUGGUCAGAGUGGUGCUGGUAAUAAUUGGGCUAAGGGUCAUUAUACUGAAGGCGCUGAGCUUAUUGAUUCUGUUCUUGAUGUUGUUCGUAAAGAAGCUGAAAACAGUGAUUGCUUGCAGGGUUUUCAAGUAUGUCAUUCUCUAGGUGGAGGAACUGGAUCUGGAAUGGGUACCCUUCUGAUUUCAAAGAUCAGGGAAGAGUACCCUGAUAGGAUGAUGCUUACUUUCUCAGUUUUUCCAUCUCCUAAGGUUUCUGACACUGUUGUGGAACCCUACAAUGCUACUCUUUCUGUUCACCAGCUUGUUGAAAAUGCUGAUGAAUGUAUGGUUCUUGAUAAUGAAGCCUUGUAUGAUAUUUGCUUCCGUACCCUCAAGCUCACCACCCCAAGCUUCGGUGAUCUUAACCAUUUGAUAUCGGCUACCAUGUCUGGUGUCACAUGUUGUUUGAGGUUCCCUGGUCAGCUUAACUCUGAUCUAAGGAAGCUUGCUGUAAAUCUGGUUCCAUUCCCUCGCCUCCACUUUUUCAUGUUGGGGUUUGCACCUCUAACUUCAAGAGGUUCUCAGCAGUACAGGGCUUUGAGUGUACCAGAAAUCACACAGCAAAUGUGGGAUUCCAAGAACAUGAUGUGCGCUGCUGACCCUAGACACGGACGAUACCUCACUGCAUCAGCCAUCUUCAGAGGCAAAAUGAGCACAAAGGAAGUUGAUGAACAAAUGAUGAAUGUUCAGAACAAGAACUCAUCCUAUUUUGUGGAAUGGAUUCCAAACAAUGUGAAGUCCACAGUUUGUGAUAUUCCACCUACAGGAUUGAAGAUGGCUUCAACAUUUAUCGGUAAUUCGACUUCAAUUCAGGAAAUGUUCCGAAGAGUGAGCGAGCAGUUUACUGCUAUGUUCAGGAGAAAGGCUUUCUUGCAUUGGUACACUGGGGAGGGAAUGGAUGAGAUGGAAUUCACAGAGGCUGAGAGCAACAUGAAUGAUCUUGUAUCUGAAUAUCAACAAUAUCAAGAUGCUACUGCUGAUGAUGAUGAGUAUGAAGAGGAAGAAGAGGAACAGUAUCAGGAACAUGAUGAAUGAUGAAAUAUGAGGAUUGUGAUUGUUUUUGCGGAAUAUGGUUAACACAACAUACCGCAACUUCCUGUUGCCGGAUCAUUAUUUCUUUGUUGUAACUUGUAAGGGGAUAUAACUUUUUUCCGGCUAUUUUUCUGGUUUUACUUAUGUUUUAUGUGUGGCAUUGUUGGUAGGGAAAGACAGUAUUUUUGUUUAAACACCUAUUAAUAUAACAAUCAAUCUAUACGGUUUUCCCAACA